GAACCCGAACCCGAACCCGAACCCGAACCCGAACCCGAACCCGAACCCGAACCCGAACCCGAACCCGAACCCGAACCCGAACCCGAACCCGAACCCGAACCCGAACCCGAACCCGAACCCGAACCCGAACCCGAACCCGAACCCGAACCCGAACCCGAACCCGAACCCGAACCCGAACCCGAACCCGAACCCGAACCCGAACCCGAACCCGAACCCGAACCCGAACCCGAACCCGAACCCGAACCCGAACCCGAACCCGAACCCGAACCCGAACCCGAACCCGAACCCGAACCCGAACCCGAACCCGAACCCGAACCCGAACCCGAACCCGAACCCGAACCCGAACCCGAACCCGAACCCGAACCCGAACCCGAACCCGAACCCGAACCCGAACCCGAACCCGAACCCGAACCCGAACCCGAACCCGAACCCGAACCCGAACCCGAACCCGAACCCGAACCCGAACCCGAACCCGAACCCGAACCCGAACCCGAACCCGAACCCGAACCCGAACCCGAACCCGAACCCGAACCCGAACCCGAACCCGAACCCGAACCCGAACCCGAACCCGAACCCGAACCCGAACCCGAACCCGAACCCGAACCCGAACCCGAACCCGAACCCGAACCCGAACCCGAACCCGAACCCGAACCCGAACCCGAACCCGAACCCGAACCCGAACCCGAACCCGAACCCGAACCCGAACCCGAACCCGAACCCGAACCCGAACCCGAACCCGAACCCGAACCCGAACCCGAACCCGAACCCGAACCCGAACCCGAACCCGAACCCGAACCCGAACCCGAACCCGAACCCGAACCCGAACCCGAACCCGAACCCGAACCCGAACCCGAACCCGAACCCGAACCCGAACCCGAACCCGAACCCGAACCCGAACCCGAACCCGAACCCGAACCCGAACCCGAACCCGAACCCGAACCCGAACCCGAACCCGAACCCGAACCCGAACCCGAACCCGAACCCGAACCCGAACCCGAACCCGAACCCGAACCCGAACCCGAACCCGAACCCGAACCCGAACCCGAACCCGAACCCGAACCCGAACCCGAACCCGAACCCGAACCCGAACCCGAACCCGAACCCGAACCCGAACCCGAACCC